AUGGUGGACGACGUGGUGCAGGCAUUUGCAGAGCACAUCGGCCGCAGCAGCGUGGAUUAUAGCAAGUUCCAGAACGUGCAGCGGGUCUUCUGCCAGACAAACUUGGAGGCGCAGGGCAUCCACGACGUGCGCUGGCUCUCCCGUGGUGAGGCGGUGCAGCGGCUGCUUAACGUACUCCCUGCAGCCAUAGUGGUGAUGAAGGAGUACAAGAAGGAGCUGUACGAGGUGGUAACCUCGCUCAAGUUCCACUGGCUCAUCCGCUUCCUUGCGGAUGUGCUGUCACCUGGUCACAAUUUUGGCAGCGGUGAGAAGAUGCGACUGCCUGACUUCAUCAAGGCACACCAGAAGCUGGAGAACCGAGAGAUGAAGGUGGAAGGCAUUGAUGGGGAUGGCAACCCCGUCUCCUUUGUCUUCACGCUGCACGAGCGACCACUGCCUGACCACGAGACGGACGGCGAUGUGACUGCUUGCGUCGAGCUGUUGUUGAAGUUCAUCCGCAUCGUGGACGCGGAGCUGGAGUGGCGCAUGCGCGACCUCAACCUUUUGGAGGGCGCAAAGCUGUUUCGCACUGCAUCAUACGUUCCGGAUGACACGAAGUGGCUCGAGUCAUUCAGGAAGUGGCUUGGCCAGCUCGACAAGCUUGCUCCCCACCCGACCUAUUGCUGUUCGACUAAUAUCUCCCACUCCAACCCGUAUCUGCGAGCAUAG